AUUUAGCUUCCAGAGAUUGCGAUUGCGUAUCCACGGGUCGCGCCUUAACUUUGCGCCAUGCUUUUCUAUAUAAGAGGCACAUAUGGCCCAUUCCAGGGCUUGACGAUAGCCUUCUCAUCGAACCAGUCAAUGACUUAACCUUGUGUUCUGUCUAUAACAAACAUGCAAGAUAAUCACCUACGUCGCUCAAGCGAUGCAGCUCGGACCCUCUCAGGGUCUGGGCAAGACACAGAUUACUUGGAUUUACCCGUGCGCCAAGUCACCCGCGAUGCCAAUUUAGAAGAAUACACAACAGAAACCGCUGCGGGUCAAAUCAUCAAGCCCGUUCGAUCCGCUGCUUCAGGGAAAAUGGAGGAUUGGAAGCUAGUAACGUUCACCAUUGACGACCCGGAAAACCCGAAGAAUUGGUCCAAGGCAUUCAAAUGGUAUUGUACCAUGGUGGUUGCUUUCACUUGCUUCGUCGUCGCCUUCGCAAGUAGUGUUAUUACGGCCGAUAUAGAAGGCCCAGCUGAAGAGUUUGGCGUCUCGCGAGAAGUCAGUCUGGUUGUCGUCACGGUCUUUGUCAUUGGUUUUGGUGUUGGUCCAAUGGCGUUCGCACCCAUGUCAGAGAUGUUUGGUCGUAGGCCGGUCUAUGCCCUCACACUCCUCAUAGCGGUCAUCUUCAUCAUUCCUUGUGCGGUGUCCAAGAAUAUUGGGACUCUCAUCGUGUGCAGAGCAAUUGACGGCAUUGCUUUUAGCGCCCCGAUGACUCUAGUUGGUGGUACUUUAGCGGAUCUGUGGAAAAACGAAGAGCGGGGUGUCCCCAUGGCGGCCUUCUCCGCAAGCCCCUUCCUUGGUCCCGCCAUUGGUCCGCUCGCCGGUGGCUACCUGGCUGAUGCCGCGGGGUGGAGAUGGCUCUACUGGCUGAUGUUGAUCCUGGCCUUCGUCUCCUGGGUGAUGAUCACCUUCACUGUGCCCGAAACCUAUGCUCCAACGAUAUUGAAACGGAGAGCCAAGAAACUCAGGAAGACACAGAACGACCCCAAGUACGUCACUGAAACGGAACUGGAUUCUCGGCCGCUGAGUGAGAAACUGCGCAUAUUCUUCUUCCGCCCAUUUCAGCUUUUGUUUCUGGAACCCAUCGUUUUGUUCAUCUCAAUCUACAUGUCCGUGCUCUAUGGCCUGCUGUACAUGUUCUUCGUUGCGUACCCAAUCGUGUAUCAGGGUGGAAAAGGCUGGAGUGCCGGAUCUACUGGUCUUAUGUUCAUUCCCCUAGCCAUUGGUGUCGUCAUGAGCGCGGCUUGCUCUCCAUUUAUCAACAAGCACUAUCUAUCGCUAUACCCAAAGUAUGGCGGAAAGCCCCCAGCAGAGGCACGCCUGAUCCCUAUGAUGUUCUCGUGCUGGUUUAUUCCUAUUGGACUUUUUAUCUUCGCAUGGACAUCGUACCCGCAGAUUCACUGGUUUGGACCUGCCGUCGGUGGCUGGCCAGUGGGUUUCGGCUUUAUUUUCCUGUACAACUCGGCAAACAACUACCUUGUCGAUACGUACCAGCACCAGGCAGCAUCUGCCCUUGCCGCAAAGACUUUUCUCCGGUCCAUAUGGGGAGCGUCAACGGUGCUCUUUACUGAGCAGAUGUAUGACCGAUUGGGUGACCAGUGGGCCAGUACAUUGCUGGCUUUUAUUGCCUUGGCCUGCUGCGCCAUUCCUUAUGUUUUCUAUUUCAAGGGCGAGUCUAUUCGCCGCUUCUCGCGAUAUGCCUACAACGAAGAUGAAGAGAAUACCAGCAAGGUCGAGAAGAGCUAAAAGCGUUUUUCUCCAGGAGAACCCGGCACAUAGUUUCCAUGCCACAAAAUUUAUUUCUACAAUGAACUAGACAUAGAUUUCCUGUGUCCUCGAUGGCGGGUUGGGGUUUCGGAAUUUCGACAGAAUUGGCAGCUGAGACGUUGGUUGGAGUUUACGAGUGACAUGUUUUGAAAGCCUGGAUUAAAAAUAAUAUGACUAAUAUAGAUACGCACCGAGAUAUGUUUAAUAAAACUUUUAUUGAGAGAA